AUGGCUUCACACAAAUUGUCUCCUAGCUGGCCUCAAUCCAUCGGUAUCAUUCCAUCAAACUUCAUCGUGAAAUCACCAUCAAGCACACGAGAAUGCGCCGAUGACAUUCAGCAUAUCGUUGUUGCUGGUUUCUUUGCAAUUAUGGUGUAUCUAGGAUCGCGGGUUAUUUCCAAAGACAUUCAUGCGAUUAUCAGAGUUUUCACUACACGGAAUCAUGAGGUCAUACCCUUCAUAAUAGCUAAUAUCGUCGUCGCAGCCCCGCAGGAUACAUUCGAAGUCAUGAACUCGACAUCCCCGUUACAUUUGUCCAAUGGACACGAUGAAUCAUUCGCAAGAUCCUCGCCAUCGAACGAUGACGCUCCAGGCGAAAGCGAGUCCGAACUGUCCGAUGUUGGCAACCCUACUGUCGAUGAAACCUCACCGGCCCCCUCAAACCACCGACCAGAAUUCGGUGCUCAGGAUUCCGAUGCUUCUGAAGACUCGUCGCCUGAAGAUCAAGAACAAUCUGAUGAUGCGGAUUUUGAUGAGGAAGACACUCCUGCAGCCGCAGCUUUCAAUGGCCAACGAUCGGAGCGUUCGAGCACUGUCGAGUCAUCCCGUCCUGUUAAACGCAAGUCAGGCGGCACUGAUCAAGAUCGAUACAUGCUAGAGAAUCCCGAACUAUAUGGCUUACGAAGAAGCGGGCGUCCGGUACAAACUCGAACUAUUGUUGAGUCUGAUGAGGAAGAAGACGAUGACUCCGAUACCGUUGCAACUCACAGAAAUAAGCGCAAGAAGCCAGAGCGCUCCCAGCAAUCUUCCAAACGUCAAACUCCAGCUCUGCAAUCUGCAUCUGCCUCUGAUAACGACGAGAACGAUAGUUAUGGCAGUAUACGAGCACGAAAUACUACCAAGAAGAAUCGUCGCCGCCAACUAGAAUCUGGCAAUCUCGCUCUACAAUAUCAAGAAAAGAGGUGGAAUAGCCGUCGUGCUGCGCAAGUCACGACCGGUGCCUAUCAGGAAAGCGAUCCCGACCUUGAGGAUGAAUCUGAAAUGACACCGAAUCAGUGGGCAGAAGAUGUCGAAGACACCUCGCCAUAUAUUGAUGUUGUCUUAAAGCACAAGAUCAAAGAUGGUAAAGAUUUAAAAGAUGAGGACCUCACAAAGGAUAGUUUUGACUACUACAUCAAGUGGCAGGGUAAGUCCCACUGCCACGCUACUUGGGAGACAACAACAUCUUUGACCGGCGUUCGUGGUUUCAGACGUCUCGAAAACUAUUACAGAAAGAUUGUCCUCGAGGAUAUCUACAUGACACAAGGCGUGGAUAUACCACCAGAAGAGAAAGAAAAAUGGAUGCUUGAUAGAGAACGUGAUGCAGAUGCUCUAGAGGACUAUACAAAGGUCGAAAGAGUUAUUGGCUCGCGAGAAGGUGAUGAAGAAGUCGAAUACUUCAUCAAGUGGAAGGCUCUCUACUACGAAUCUUGCACGUGGGAAACUGCUUCAUUCAUCAGCGAAAAAGCUCAAGAUGCUAUCGACCACUUUUUGGAUCGCAGCUCUAGAUCUUUGGUAUCAGAUCGAAAGGAGUCAAACCCGGAUACUAGAAGCCCUCACGCCCCUAUUCGUGAACAACCAGAUUAUAUCAAGAACGGUCAACUGCGAGAUUUCCAAAUCACUGGCCUCAACUUCCUGGCAUACAAUUGGUGCAAGAACAAUAAUGUCAUUCUCGCUGACGAAAUGGGACUUGGCAAGACUGUACAGACUGUUGCUUUUAUGAAUUGGCUCCGCAAUGAUAGAGGACAGGAAGGCCCACAUAUCGUCGUAGUACCUCUGACGACCAUUCCUGCUUGGGCUGAUACCUUUGACCAUUGGGCACCAAGUCUCAACUAUGUUGUUUACAAUGGUAAAGAAUCAUCUCGUCAGGCUAUUCGCGAGUAUGAGCUGCUGGUUGAUGGAAAUCCUAAGCGUCCAAAGUUUAAUGUGCUUCUUACUUCCUACGAGUACAUCCUGGCCGACUCUAACUUCUUGGCACAAAUUAAGUGGCAAUUCAUGGCCGUCGACGAAGCUCAUCGUUUGAAAAACCGAGAAUCUCAGCUAUACGUAAAGUUGCUUGAUUUCAAGGCUCCCAGUCGUUUGUUAAUCACCGGUACUCCAGUCCAAAACACCUUGGGCGAGUUAUCGGCCCUCAUGGACUUCCUCAUGCCAGGUGAAAUGGACAUCGAAGAUGAUUUGGACCUUACUGAUGAAGCUGCGGGUGAGAAAAUUGCAGCACUUACUACCAAAAUUCAGCCAUACAUUCUCCGUCGCACAAAGCAGAAAGUGGAGAAUGACUUGCCACCGAAAAGCGAAAAGAUUAUUCGCGUCGAACUCUCGGACGUUCAGCUGGAAUACUACAAGAACAUCCUUACUCGCAAUUAUGCUGCGUUGAAUGAGGGCUCUAAAGGUCAGAAGCAGUCCCUGUUAAAUAUAAUGAUGGAACUCAAAAAGGCCAGCAAUCAUCCGUAUAUGUUCCCCAAUGCAGAGGAGAAGAUCUUGAAGGGUAGUGAGAGACGAGAUGAUCAGUUGAAGGGUUUAAUCGCUAGUAGCGGAAAGAUGAUGCUUCUUGAUAGAUUGUUGGCCAAGCUCAAAAAGGACAACCACCGUGUCUUAAUCUUCAGCCAAAUGGUGAAGAUGCUGGACAUCCUUGGCGAUUAUCUUCAACUUCGUGGAUACCAGUUUCAACGUCUCGAUGGUACAGUUGCUGCUGGCCCAAGGCGCCAAGCCAUCGAUCAUUUCAACGCCGAUGAAAGCAAUGACUUUUGCUUUCUUCUUUCCACCCGUGCUGGAGGUCUCGGUAUCAAUUUGAUGACGGCUGACACGGUUGUUAUCUUCGACUCGGAUUGGAAUCCUCAAGCUGAUUUGCAAGCCAUGGCUCGCGCACACCGUAUUGGUCAGAAGAAGCCUGUGAGCAUCUAUAGACUGGUCUCCAAGGAAACUGUCGAAGAAGAGAUUCUUGAGCGUGCUCGUAACAAGCUCAUGCUGGAGUUCAUUACUAUACAACGAGGUGUUACCGAUAAAGAGAAAAAGGAGCUACGAGAAAAAGCUGCUAAGGCUGGUAAAAUCGAUGAUCCCAAAUCUUCCGAGGAUAUUUCUCGUAUUCUCAAAAAGAGAGGCCAGAAGAUGUUCGAACAAUCUGGAAAUCAGAGGAAGCUUGAAGAGCUAGACAUCGACUCGGUUCUCGAAAAUGCCGAAGAGCACAAGACAGAAGUACCAGAAGGCAUGGUAACAGAUGGUGGUGAAGACUUCCUUAAAAGUUUUGAAUACACCGACGUCAAAAUCGACUUGGAAUGGGACGACAUUAUUCCAAAAGAUCAAUUGGAGGGAAUCAGAGCUGAGGAAGAAAGACGAGCUCACGAAGAAUACCUCGCUAAGGUCGUCGAAGAGAAUGCACCACGUAAGGCUGCCAUGAAGAAUACAGCUGAGAUUGAAAGAGAGCAGCGCCUCGCAAAGAAGCGUGAGCGUGACCAAGCUAAGCAAGAAGAGCUUGACGAAAAGAGAGAAGCUCAAGCCAAUCGUUUAGAUCCGAAGCGACCUCUUAACGAAAAGGAAGUGAGAAAUUUGAUGAAAGCUUAUCUUCGUUACGGCUCAAUGGAAGAUCGUGGCGAAGAACUAGUGAAAGAAGCUCGUCUUGUGGGCCGUGAUGAAGACAUGAUGAAAGACACUCUACAAGCCCUUACCGAGGAAAGUAGCAGGCGUUUAAAGGAAGAGAAUGACAGGGUUGAAGCACUGGAGCGUGCAACAAAUAAACCGUUGACUAAAAAAGAUAGAAAAGCGGUAUUGUUUGAUUACUCUGGAGUAAAGAGAGUCAACGCUGAGACUAUCAUGGAACGUCCGGGCGAGAUGAGAAUGCUUAGGGAUGUUGUCGGAAAUUCUUCUGAUUUCAAAACCUUUCGCGUUCCCGACGCAUCCAAAGGUGCUCAUUACUCGUGCGACUGGGGUGCUAAAGAAGAUGGCAUGCUUCUCGUCGGGAUCCAUAGGCACGGCUAUGGUGCUUGGACUCAGAUUAGAGAUGAUACUGACUUGGGACUUGGUGACAAGUUGUUUCUCGAAGAACAUCGAGUAGACAAGAAAGAAGAAAGAAGUAAGGCAGAUGAAAAGGUCGCCAAGGCUCCUGGGGCUGUUCACUUGGUCAGGCGAGCGGACUAUCUUCUGUCUGUUCUGAAAGCUAAGUAUUCUGAUAAUCAAGCUGCCAAGCGUGCCGUAGAGAACCAUCAUCGAAACAACAAAAAACACGAGCGGAACGGAUCCAGAAGAUCCGAGACAAGAGGCUCCGUUUCUGCUUCUCCUGCUCCACCGAUUAAGAAAGGAUCUCGACCAUCCGAUCACAACAGUCGUGAUCGAGAACGAGAUAGAGCCCGGGGUCACAAUCUUAACGACUCCCGCGAUUCUCGUCGGGAGAGCGGGGGUCAUGGUUCUUUGACUCCUGGUGUGAAAAGAAAGUAUAGCGAUGGAGACGAUGAAAAACCUGCAGACCGUCGUCCCAAAUACCGUAAAUCCGACAAUGGUGAACCGGAUCAGUACGACAUGCUUCGCAAACUCUUCAAGCCAAUCAAGGAAAAUCUUCGACGUUUACAAGCUGGAACAGCUAAAAAUAUUCCAAACAAAAAAGAACGUGCUGGCGUGUUGAAGGAGGAGCUGUAUAGUACUGGACUGUUUAUUGACUCUAUCCUUGAGCCCAAGAAGGACGGAUCCGUUGACGAUAAACUGAAGAGUAGUCUUUGGGCAUAUGUAAUGUCUUACUGGCCUAAUCCAGGACAAUCUACUGCAGCAGUGUCAAAAAUGUAUGACAGAGUUAGGGGAGAAAGGCUUAAAUCAGAAGAUUGA